AGCGAAGCCCAGGCGGAAGUUUAGCUAACAAAACAUCGUCGCCAGCUCCCUGGUUGUUCUCUAAUAUUUCGGCUUUACGACACAACAAUGUCCAGAAAGAGACAAAAAGAGAAAGUGGAGAAGGUGAAUACAGAGGAAGAAGCCCCGAAAAACACAGGUUAGCGAAACAGACCAGCUCAUAACUGUGAAGUUGUUCCAUUGUCAGCCUUCAUUCCCAGAUCAGAGUGCUGAUCGUGUUUGUCCUGAAGUGUUGUCAUGCUUUCACCUCACAUUACAAUAUUACAGCAGUAGUGACAGACCUUACUAUGACCCCCAACCCUUUAUUUCAUUUAAAGUCACCACAUUUUAACCUUCCUCCUGUGUUAGCUUUCAUUUCGCACCUACUGUGUUUCGACCCAUGUCGUAAAUCAGCUGCAAAUGUCACUAAAAACAUUUCUCUGUCAUCCAGUUAUGUUCUCAUUUCUUGUUAGGCUUUAUUAUCCAUGAAAAUGUUGCUUAUUAUAGUUUUGGUUGUGGGUUUCUGGGCCUUUCUUUGUCAUCUGAAUCACCAGCUGUGUUUCCAUGUGUAUGAAACCCUCUUUUUCUAUCAAUUCUGCUCUGUUUUUGUUUUUUAGGACAGACUCUGAAUGAAAAAUUGCCCACUCAGACAUUUGGUAAGUAACAGCAUCAAGCUGUCUGUGGAUAACAGAUGAGAGUCAUAUGGCCGAUACCUUAAAACCCUGCUAUCCCACAGAUGAUUAUCAGUGUACAGGAAAUGUGAAGAUUGACUUUCCCAGGCUUUGUGCUCUUCUGGACAUAAAGGACAUCCCAGCUGUCAGCACCAGACAAGAGGGCUCAUCUAACAAUGACAAUGAAGGAGCGGAGAAUGGUAAAAGGCCGGUUCUAAGAUUUGCGACAUUGUUCUGAAAAAAUAAUCUGUGAAAAAGACCCAGUAAGAUUUGGUUAAUUAGUAACUUACUCUAUCGUACUGCAGGAAGUUGAAAUUUGCAGCUUAUUAAUCUUUAAAAUCUUGGCCUUAGUUAACUUUUAAUGAUCUAUCUGAGACUUGCAUCUGUAUCAGAGGUCAACCAGUCCCACAGUAAUGCUCACUGGUCCAAGCCGCGCCUCCAAGUGGAGCUGGAGAAUGAAGACCCCUUAAGUGCCAAAAGCCUGAAGAUUUCUGGUUAGAAGAAAAGCACAUCAUACAAAUUUUUCAGACAUUUGUAAUAUUUAAAUAACAUAUGUAAGUGUCUUGUGUAUGCACAGGAUGGAGGGUUGAUGAGCCGAUGUCAAGGGUGCUUCAGAGGAUGCUUCCCUCCUUGAGUAAACUACAGAGCCUUCAGUAAGAAAAGCAUAAUGUUAAAGCGUUAAAGCUACGAUAUAGUCUAUGGCUGCAAGUGUUUACUUGUUGUAUGUUUGUGUGAUUUCGCUUUCUGUGCUGGAGAUUUUGGCAGGCUGGGCUGACAGAUCAAACAGUGAUCUCCUUCAUGAACACAACGUCACUGUGCUCCAACCUUAGGUGCGAGGACUCUACUGUUGUUAACAUUGCGAGUUAACAGAAUUUUGUUUUGUUUUGGAGACAGGAUGUUGUAGAGAGGGAGAAAACAAUUACAUUUAAAAUACACUUAUUUUCUAGACAACUGAGUAUACUUACUACAAUAUUCUCCUCCUUUUUGUUUCAGUUCUGUGACUUUGGAGGGCAACUUUCUUCCUAAGCAGAGCUACCACCUCCUCCUCUCUGAAGACAGUGUGUAAGUCCUAUUCAAGUUAUGAUCAGAAUACUUGAAAGAGAACUAUUUUUCUGAAUAAUAAAAUUAAAUACACAUUGAAUUUGACUAAAUAUACAGAGCACUGAAGCGGCUCUGGUCAAGACUUAUUGCUCACAGUUGAUUCUGGAUUGUACUUUAUACUAAUUCUUCUUGACCUUGGUCCAGCCUUUGAUACAGUUGAUCCGUCAAGCAGGUCUUUUUUUCUUUAGUGCUCGGUAUUGCUGCCUUCUCUUGAGAUUCUCUCUCAUGUGGGAUCCCCCAGGGCUCUAUCUUGGGUCCCCUUUUAUUCACUGUAUACAUGCUCCCCCUGGGGCAGAUUCUGCAUCUUGUUAUAGACUUUCACGGACCUUGUCUUGGACAUAGAGUUAUACAGCCCUACUUUGCUCAGCUUCGACAACUUACUAAAAUCAGGUCUUUUCUUUCUCCUCCUGACUGAAAAAGUUAUUUAUGGAUUAUUUUCCAGACUGAACGACUGUAAUGCCCGUCUCCAGCUCCCUGCGAGUUUUAGAUUUUACUGCUUGUUUUUAAAGCUUUAAAUGGCCAGACUCCACCCUCUAUCUGCAAGUCGCUGACUCCCUAUAAGCCUGAUUGAAGUCUUAGGUCCUCUAAAAGGAUCCUUCUGAUAAAUCCUAAAUUUUAACUGGUUACAAGAGGUGGCCAAGCAUUUGCAGUUUGUGCUCCACAGAUGUGGAACUCUCUCCCUGAGGAUAUCAGAUGAGCAAAGUCCUCUUUGAAAUAUCUCCAGAAAACUCAUUUUAUUUCACAACAGAACCCAUUCUUUUUUAAGCACACAUAGUACAUAGUCCAUUUUAAGUCUUCAAUCUGAUUAAAUCAUAUCAAAUUAAAUCAAAUCAGCCUUUUCAAAUUAAACUUCCUUUUCUUCUCUUUGCUUCAGUCUGACUCACUUGUCCCUGCGAAAUAACCAGAUGGGAGAUGAAGGCGCUCGCCUAAUUGGGUCUGCUCUCUCAACGACCAGAUCUGCGAAUAAGAACCUCCGGUCACUCAACCUGUCCUUCAACUCUAUUGGUGAUGCAGGUGCAAAAUAUAUUGCACAGGUACAGUGAAAACCCUGACUCCAUAUGUCUCUCUCUCUGCUCCUGCCAUGGAUACUUAGGUGUUGCUUUUGUCUCUUAGGGCCUGCGUUACAACCGUGCUCUGCUCUUCCUCUCGCUGUCCAACAAUUGGAUCGGAGAUGCAGGAGCUGCUGAUCUUGCUACGGUGGUCUUUUACAUCAUGAAACUUAACAUGAGAGAUAAUGCAUCUAAACAAAUGAUCUUAUUUGUUAAGUCUCCCUCUCUAAACCUGGCCAUCUACAGAUACUCAGGGAUUUUGCUCUAACUCAUGAAGAAGUUGUGGAGAGGAGGAAGCUGCAGCUGGAGAGAGCGCAGUUAUCUUUGCAGUCAUCUUUUGUGCUUGAUUCUGACCGAUCACCAUCGGACCAGCUUCCCUCAGUGCCCAGCAGCUCUUCACUGAGCAGCAGCAAAGGCAAAAAGAAGGUAAAAAUAACAAAGAGACAGAUGUGAUUAAGUGUGCCAUGUUUGUCAAAUGACAUCUGUAUUUUUGUUUCAGGAAACAAACAAAAAGGCAGAGAAACCAGCAGCGACCAAAGAGAACCCGAAGCUUAACAAAAAAUGUAACUAAUACUUUUAUACUAUAUAUAAGCAUUUAUUGCUUCUUCGGGAUUUUCAUCUGUGUAUUUAUACUUUUCUUACAAGUUAUGGAACAUUUCUUGAUAAUCUUUUUCGACAAUUUCUACAAAUUUUCCCAACAUAAAACAAAACUUAAACAUUUUCUUGAGUUUGAAGUGCAGCUUAUGUCUCUCAUAUCUUCUCUAGCUUCUGAUGUGAAGGUGUCUCAAAGUAAAGGUAGCAAGCCCGGGGGUAAAGAGAAACAACCACCUUUACAGGAGGUACCAGAGGUAUGCUUUCUGAAUCUGUCUGUACUGUAACUAGGUCAUCAUGCACUGUGCCGUAUAUUUCCAACAACUAUUAAGCCGGUUUGACUUAAUUUUUCUGCAGGUAAAAUCCAGUACCAGCCUAAUUGAGGUUUGUACGAUAUAAUUUUAUGUUAUCUUUCAAAAGUAUGCCCUCCAUGUUGACUCUGUUUCUGAAUCAUGCACUUGUUUCCUUGUCUUCUGCUCCUCCUCCAGCAGAUGGAGGAGACAAUCAACCCCCUGCUGGACCAAUCAGUGCAGUACAAGGAGGGCAAACUUUUUCUGCCUGGAAACACGACUCUCGUCUCCCUCAACUUGGCAGGUAAGUGUUUGUAAGCGGUGUAUCAAUUAAAAAAGGGCAUUUGCUCAAAUAAUGCGCUUAAAGCUCUUACCAGGAAUUGUUGAAAGUUAUGAAACAGACUGAAAGGAACGAUGAGAAAAGGAAAUGAAACCUACGAUCACAUCAUUUUUAAAUAGUAACAUCUAAUGCCUGUAACUGAGGGGAUCGGUACGCUGAAGGAAUACUCUGUGUGUGUUUGUGCAGGAAACAAAAUCACAGAGAAGUCACUCCCUCUGUUUCUAAAAUUACUGCAAAUGCAAAGUGAGGGAGGAGGAGGAAGAGGAGGGGGCCUGCUUCGGCUCUGCCUGCAGGUGAGACACUGUGUGUGGGGAGGGCAUCUGUGCAAAAUCACUCUAGGAUAUAAAAUACAACUGCAGAUAUAAUUAUUCAUGCCUUUGAAGAAUUAAUAAUCAGCUUUUGUUUUAUCAUUACAGUUAUUUUUACUAAUCAGAGGUCUUUGUGCUCCAUGUGUUUGUCUUCGUGUAUAUACUACUAACCACAGGCACACUAACUUCAGAUGAAAUCUACAGGGUUAAUCUUGGUGAAAAGAAUUAUGAGGACAAUUAGUACAAUGAUUUCUGUUCUCUCUUCCAGAGAAACAGCUUUCCAUCAGAUUGUAAGUAUUAUGUGAAGAUUAAGGAGCUAAUAAAACUUGUGGAUCCACUUGAAAAAAACAACCAUGAGCCAACAGAAGAGGAGGGACAGAAGUCGUAGUGCUCAGAAAACUAUACAGCACAUAUGCAGUCUUGUACUUUGAAUUUAUGUAUAAAAAAUCAACUUCCUUUCAUAAUAAACUACAUUCUCUCAUUCCUAACAUGUGCAUUAGUGUUUCUUUCUUUAUGAAGGACCUUAUUUGAGUUUUGGAGUUUCUUUGUAAAACUGCAGUAAAAGAAUAAUAGCCCAGAGAGAGAAUUUCAUACUUAAAUAGCCAUGACUUUUGGAGAUAUCAAAGUCAUUUUUCAUAUUCAGGCUACUGAAGCCUGAUAUUGGCUCCAGUUGGAUUGUUGAGAUAAUAUUUUAAAGAAGUUUUCCGAAGUUCCUCAAUUGAGGCUGACCUUUACAGUGGAGUUUAGGAUGUAAGAGAGAGACUCGCAUUCGAUACAUCUCGUUGCUUAAUAAAAAAAAUGGUUAAAAGUCUGUUUUUGCUCUCUUGAUUUCCCCAAA